UCUUCCUCUCAAUUCCAGUGGGCAACGUUGCUUGUGAAAGAUCCUUCUCCGUUCUCUGACGUUUAAAGGUGUGGACGCGCUCUGCUAUGAGCGAAGAACGCCUCAGUGGCUCAGCCAUGUUGAAUAGUUAUGCUGCAUGAGCCACGGAUUCUGUGACGUCUUGUUAACCAGCAACUACAACUAUUAUUGAAAUACGAUGGCGAAGGAUCCGUGCAAGCCAAACAAACCGCCGAUACCACUAAUAGCACCAACACUACCACCAUCAGAAGUAGAACGUGUAAAAGUAGCUUCCCCACCAGCAACAGCACUAACUGCACCAGCGGGAGUGAUACAAGAUCUGUUGCCACCAACACAACAGGCAGUAUCACCGAGAGAGAUAGCGGCAGCAGCGAGAACUGUAGAAGCAGCAGCAGCAUCAUUAGCAACAGCAGCAGCAGGAAAAGCAACAGCCGUUGCAAUAGCAGCGACCUCCGUAGAGAAAGCAGCAGCAGCAUUGGCAGCAACUACAGCAGCAGUAAGAGAACAGCAAUUGCGAUUACCAUCACAUGUAAUGGCUCAGCCACUGUCACAGUCAGCACAAGCAAUCCCACUGCUGUCACAGCCAUCACCAGCAACCCUGCCACUGUCACAGCUGUCACUAGUACAGUCUGGUAUAGCAGCCAUGGCAGUGGCAUCACCUGAUACACCACCGAUGUGCAUCGAAACAACAUGUUCUGAGAAGCCUUAUACAAACAGCCGAGACAUGUCAGCGACGAGAGCAGGCAUCCCGUCCCAACCCAAAACGCACACAUUGUUUAAGUACGAGACUCCGGACCACUGGGCAGUUCAGCACAACUUUGAAGAUAAAGUGAAAAUAGUCGAGCUGGACCUUCGUCAUGGCGAGGGCCAAAGGAUUGCCUGUUUAUUCGGAAAAUCUUUCUGGGGAAAGACGGUAGUUGGAAUCCAGAGGAUACAAAAUCUAAUGCUGUGGAACAAGUAUUGCACAAAGCGAGAGGAGAUACGAUCGAUGUUAGGCAGGAUGACAAAGAGAGAAGAGAGGACAUUGUUCCAUGGGACUAGUCCACAAAAUGUUGAAGCAAUAUGCCAUUCAGGAUUCGACCCGCGUCUGAGUGGAGAAAAUGGCGUGAAGUUUGGGCACGGAAGUUACUUUGCUCGGGAUGCUAGCUACUGUCGGACUUACUGCGGCCCUGAUCCAUGGGGAAUUCAAUAUAUGUUCGUGGCAACAGUUGUAGUUGGAGAUUAUGUGGAAGGAAAGCGUGAUUACAGGCGGCCACCUAGCAAGAUACCAGGAAUAGAGAGACCAGUGAGACCCUGCGAUUUUUACUGCAGUUGUGUAAACAAGCGAGACAACCCCACUGUCUUCGUUAUCUUUGAUACUGCUCAAGCCUACCCCCAGUAUGUAAUUAACUAUAGCUAGGUAUAUUGACAACAGCUGGCGACACGUGCACCAUUGUUAGACAACAUUUCAUGGACAUCGAUCAUCCAUGCGCAUUCUAAGCAAAUAAUAAGCAGAACGUAAUACAGAUUGCUAAGCAAAUGAUGCUUUGAUGUUUGUUGAGUAGAGGCUGGCAGUCAACUAAUAAUGCUAGUCAGUUGGGUCAACGUUCUAUUGAUUUCAAAUGUUCUUUGUGAAUUAUGGUAAAUAUUUGCGGUGUGUAGUGUGUUAGUCACAUCUGUAAUUAUGCAAAUAGUCAAAUACUCAGAGUCAGAUGUUAAAUUAUGUUUGUAUGUGGUUAAAUUAGAUUAUAUAAAUUUCACAUAAUGUAUAUAUGAGCUCUAUCUAUGAUAUAUGUAUAUCUGUGAUAGUCUCACUUAUUAAACUUGCUCUCACCUGGGAUAAACGAUGUAAGCAAGGGCAAAGGUAAUGACUUCUUGCUUCUUGCGCGUAUUAAUCAUG